CGCGGUCUCUCGCUGCUGGCUGGUCGGAUCCCCGUGGGUACUCUCGGAACAGAGACCCUUAAUUCAGCUGUCACAGAGUGAGCUCACCAGGGUGAGCCUCCUGCUUAACUGCUCUCACGAGGGUCGCAAAGGCACCAGCAUGUCUGAAACCGGGACGGUAGCCAGGACCCCGCGUCCUGGGGCCCAGAAGUCGUCCGGCACCACGGCCAAGAAAGGGGAGCGAGCUGCCAAGGAGAAGGCGGUGGUGGCUGUCCAGCAGCUGAUGGGCGAGGAGGAGUCCAGAAACCCGGAGGAGUACCAGUGCACUGGGGUGCUAGAGGCCGACUUUGCCGAGCUCUGCACGCGCUCAGGCUACACCGACUUCCCCAAGGUUGUCACCCGGCCGCGCCCGCACCCCAUUUCCCACUCCUCGGCCUCCACAUCGGAAAAGCCCACCCUUGACGACCAGCGAUUGUCAGCAUCCUGCAGCCUCUUCAGCCUCGAGAGCAAGUAUGGGUUCUUCUGGCCCACCAUCCAGGUGGAGCUGGAGCAGGACGAUGGCAAGGCGGUGAAGGAGAUCUACAUCCGCGGCUGGAAGGUGGAAGAACGGAUUCUGGCCAUCUUCUCCAAUUGCUUGCCUGCCUUGAGCCAGCUGCAGGCCAUCAACUUGUGGAAAGUAGGGCUGACGGAUGACACCCUGAGUACCUUCAUCGCCCUCCUGCCUCUCUGCUCACCCACGCUCAGUUCUCAGAUCUUCCCCAUCUGCAGGAAGGUGUCUCUGGAGGGGAACCCACUGCCAAAACAGUCCUAUCACAAGCUCAUGGCCAUGGACAGCACGAUCGUUCACUUGUCUCUGCGGAACAACAACAUCGAUGACUACGGCGCACAGCUACUGGGCCAGGCUUUGUCCACGCUGCAUGGCAGUAACCGGACUCUGGUGUCCCUGAACCUGGCUUUCAACUAUAUUGGGGACAAGGGCGCAGGCCACCUGGCUGACGGCCUCCGGCUGAACCGCUCGCUGCUCUGGUUGUCCCUGGCGCACAACCACAUCCAGGACAAGGGUGCCCUGAAGCUGGCCGAGGUCCUGCACCCCUUUGAGCUGACACACCCUGAGGUGGUGGAGCGCAGGCGUCUCCUGCUGGAGAAGGCAGCACAGGAGUGGUCGAGAUGGCCAACUUCCUCUCGACAAGCAGAGGCCAGAAUGGAACGGGAGAAGCCUCAGAUUGGGGGGGUCAGCAAUGUAACACUGGUGGAAAAGAUGCAGUCAAUGAAAACCCUUAAGGGCCUGACCAAGAAAAAGGAGAAGCCAGGGGAAGUGGUCAAGAAGGAGAAGUCACCCACACAAGGAGUCCCUAAGAAAGAAGACACCACAAAGCCAGGCAAGGUAACCAUCCCUGAGCAGAAACCAAGCAAGGGGAAAGGGACCAAGCCAGGGAACAAAGAGAAGCGCAGCAUCCUCUUGGAAUCCGAGGCUGUAGCCCACUUUGGAUCUGCUGUCCCAACUGGACCUACUUCUCCAAAGGCCACCAGCUCCACUGUUUGCUCAGGCAGUUGCACAGGGAACAAGGGGCACUCGCUUUCCCCUUUCCUUUCUUGUCAACUGACCAGCCUGCUGUGCUUUGAAAUCUGCCUGAGGUGCUGACUUCACAGUUCCAGCUCCCCAACCUGUCAGUCACCAAGGGCCUGUCUCUGCCCUUUUAUUAUGCUCCCACCUGCCCCCAUCCCAGCCCUGCUGACAUUUCCCAGGUAGGAAAGGGUCCCAUAGACCUGUAGGAGUCUCCUGGUUCCCUAAGACAAACUCUUAGUGUAAGAAAUGGGACAGAGGAAAACCUUGUGGCCUCAGCCUGACCUUACCAGGCUAUUUCAACCCCAGUUAUCUUGCCUGUCUGCUCGCAUUGUUCGUGUUAGGAGAUACUGAUAUAAGCCAAAUUCUGUGUGGUUUCCAGCCUGCAGAGCCUUGGCAUCUACCAUUCCUUGCCCAAACAGCUUCCCCUCACCUGCGAAUGUCCAUACCUUCACACUGCAACUCACAGGCACAUCUUCCAGUCGUUGCCACCCCCUAAUGGGGCUAGAAGUUCCCCUACCACACUCUGCGGCAUUCCCAGCUUACCUCUUUCGGGGCCUUGCUAUAAUGAGUUCCUAUUUUACUCAGGCUCCCACACACCAAGGAGCUUCUGGAGGGUAUGGGCUUAUUUAUCUUU